UCUUCUUCCGGGUUGCAGCGUUGAGGUGUGUGCCGCGGCUGCGUCAGAGGGAAAAGCCGGUCGGAGCCAGGUACACGAGGGGUAUGGAGCAGGAGGAGGAGUGGACGGUCCCAAGAACGGAGACGGGAGCACGGUGUGGCUGGCCGGUCGCUGGCCGGAGACCCUAAACUGGGCGGAGGAGCCGUCGGAGAGUCGCAGCGGCUGAGGGCCAAGAAUUUCUGACAUGUUGGCUGCAGGUGGAUUUCUAAGGCCGUCACCAAGGAAAACAGUUCGAUUUGGUGGGACCUUGACAGAUAUUCUGCUAAAAUACCAAAAGGGAGAGAAAGCUGAUUUUGAUUUAUUGAAGGAUCAGCUGUUGGAUCCAGGCAUAAAAGAUGACCAGAUUAUUCAUUGGCUACAUGAGUUCCGGUCUUCCGUUGCGGUCCUGACAAAGGAGUUUGAACAGCUUGUCAGCGUCUUAUUGAAAGUACCAUGGCUCCAAAGAAGCAAAGCUGUGGAGGAGGAGUACUUGGCUUUCCUGAGCAACUUGGUGUCAGCUCAGACAAUCUACCUUCGGCCGUGUCUUGCUAUGAUCAUCUCACACUUUAUUCCCCCUCGAAUCACUGUGCGAGAGGAUGAUGUGGACAUCUCCGAUUCAGACGACGACGAUGAAAAUGUUACCAGAUCCUUUAACGCGUGUCACAGAGCAUUGCAAACAGUUGCCAGAUAUGUCCCUUUGACACCACAGUUUCUUAUGCCGGUGUUAACUGAAAAAUUCCCCUUCAUUAAUAAGUCAGAAAGAACUCUGCAGUGCUAUGUACACAACAUGCUUCGAAUUAGUGGCUACAUCCCAGGGCUGAGACAUGACAUUUUGGAGCUGGUGACUGAAAGAUUGUUAAAGAUUGAUGUGAGCGCCCCUAGAAAAGACAUCGAAGCUGCUGAAGAUGCUGAAAGCAAGGAAGCCUGUGAGGAACGACUCUUUGAUAUGGAUGAAGAUGAGGAAGACAGAGAGAAGAGUGAUGUGAUGGCUCAUCCAACUGCAGAGCGGCUGGACAUCCUAAUGAUCAUCUUAUUUUCCUAUAUUAGAGAUGUCUGCCAUGUAAAUGGAAAGCUUGAUAUUGGGAGAACAAAAGACUUAUAUCGAGACCUUGUGCUGAUCUUCGAUAAACUCAUUUUGCCCACCUAUGGCUCAUGUCACGUCCAGUACAUAAUGUUCUACCUCUCUAGCUUCAAACUGGGAAUUGCAGAAGCCUUCGUAGAGCACCUUUGGAAGAAGCUACAGAAUCCAAACAGCCCGACAGUGAUCAGACAGGCUGCUGGAAGCUACAUUGGUAGCUUUUUGGCACGAGCGAAGUUUAUUCCUGUUGCUACAGUGAAAGCUUGCCUGGAGCUGUUGGUCAACUGGCUUCACAAGUACAUUGAUGACCAGGGCACUGGGUCCAAAGCAUUUUGUGACACUGCUCUGCAUGGUCCCUUCUACGCUGCAUGCCAGGCUGUGUUCUAUGUGGUUAUAUUUCGCCAUAGGCAGAUUUUAGAUGGAAACCUGAAGAAAGGUUUGGGGUUUCUGCAGAGCUUAAAUUUUGAACGCAUUGUCAUGUGCCACUUAAACCCCCUGAAGGUCUGUCUGCCCUCUGUUGUGAACUUGUUUGCUGCUGUUAACAGGCAGUACCAGAUUGCAUUCUGUGACACAAUCAUUGAGAGGAACCGGAGACAGGUUUUGCCAGUCGUAAGGAGUAGUGGUGGGGGUGACUCUGUGGAGACCUGCACCAAUCCCCUGGACACCUUUUUCCCUUUUGAUCCUUAUAUUCUCAAAAGGUCAAAGAAUAUAAUUAAUCCUUUGUAUCAGUUUUGGGAAGAGCAGAAUGCUGAGGAUCUCACGGAGGUUGUCAACUCCACUGAUGAGUGCAAAGGUGAAGAGGAUGAUGACUUCUUGAAAGGAGCAACUCCUCAGAGUGAUGGCUUGAUCGGCAUGACUCCAGGCUUCUUUGAUUCAGCUCUUCGGAGUCCAGACAGUUCAGUAGGUUCACCACCAUUAACUUAUCUGCAGCAGUAGCUCUGCCCUCCAGAGUCAAGAGUUCAAAGUGCUUUCAAGGGAACACACCUGGAAAAUGAGCAAAUGAAGAUGCAGCGCGUUUUAGCACAUGAUGAUCCAUCUAGCAAUGUACACUCCUGAAUUCUCUGUCAAUAUCAACAUCGGCUGUAAGGCAUUUUUAAAAAUCAAGGGCUAUCAAGGUGUCAGAGACCUGGUUUGUGGGGCCAUUACAGAUGAGCAAACUGCUGCUGAUAUAUAGCAUCCAGAGGACUGAUGGAGGGCUUAGUACUACCUGGGAAAGCUCAUAUAUCAUUCUACUCUAUGAGGAUGUUGCAAUCUUCUGCAUACUUACUUGGUGUUAUUGAACAAAGUGCAUUAAAAUAUUCAGUGAGUUUCCCUUCGCAAGGACUUUGUUCUGAUAUCUAUCAAGCAGCAUUAAAGAUGCCGGUGCAUUUCUUUGUCUGACACACACACACAAACACAAGGUUCUGGGUUCAAAUUGCAUUUAACCCACAAACACACUUCAUAUCAGUAGAUAUUCAGAAAUUUACCAUAUUACUUUGGCCGAUUUGGAAGAGACCAAUGAACACAUUCCUUGGAUGAGAGCAGAAAUCACCAUGGGUUGAUUGUUUCCAUGUAUGUAGUGUAGCCAGGAGAUCAUACAAUUGUUUGGCUACCAGACGUUCUAGCUCUUUAGUAUUAUCCAGGGUGCUCCGCAAGGUAGAAUUGCACCCCUGUUGCACCCCUAUUGCACUC